AUCACGUGCAUAGGGCAAAAGUGAUUAUCCCAAAAGCUGUCUUUUCGUUCUUUCAUUUGCGCGGUCAACGUGUUGUGGCUCAUAAUUACAGGUAGCCAUGUCGUCGUCACAUCAUCACAGUUUCAACAGGACUGACCCGCAAGCCAGGGAAUAUUUCUGGGGUUGUACACUUAGUAAAGACAACCCAAUAGCAAACUGGUCCUUCACAGAGGAAGAUGACGACACAGAUUUCAUGGACCACACCCUAUUCCUGAGAAAUGCCACACUGGGACCAUCUGCUGUGAACAAUGAAAGAAACAUCGUACAAGUAGAAACAACAAAUUAUGAAAGCAAAGAGAUCAAACAACCACUUCUUUCAUUAACCUGUGGACUAAAAGAUUCAUUUUUUCUGGACAUCAGCUUUGGAGGGAAAACACCUGUAGUUUUCAGACUAAUUGAAGGAUCGGGCCCAGUUCAUUUAUCAGGCCAACAGUUAGUCGAAUUUCCGCCUGAAGAUGAGGAUGUGACGCAGGAUGAAACUGAACUUCUGGAAGAUAAUGAAGAAUUAGAUGAACUGGAUGAUUCUAUGGUGAAAGACAAAAAAUCUUUUAAAAGAAAAGCUCCACCACAAAGUGCAAAGUCUAAGAAGAAAGGAAAGCUUGAGAUAUCUGCAGAAUCUGAUGAAGAGAGUGAGGAAGCUGAGGGAGAGGAUGAGGAAGACGUGGAUGAUGAUGAUGAUGAAGACGAAGAGGAAGAGGAAGAUGAUGAUGACGAUGAAGAUUAUGGAACGACAAAAGGCAAAAAGACUAGCAAACCAGCUAAGGGUAAAGACAAGGGUGUCAAAAAGAUUGCUAAGAAAUCUGAGAAAGUUGCAUCCAAGGUUGUGAAGAAAGUUGUAAAGAAGGCCAAGAAAUGAAUGGAUUGUAAAGAAUGAAAUCUGCUGCUGCAUAUUUUCUGUUGUACAUACAUUUAGUGAUAGUGCUUCAUAAAAUUCCCAUCAAAUACAAAUGUGACACUUUGAUGUUGGAACCAAAUGUCAAUAAAGGAACUGACACUU